UAUGGUUGCCAGUGGAUCACUAGAACAUUAGAAGCACAGCUCAGAGUGCUAGAUUUGAAAACCAUUGCAUUUCAGAAUGGCUGUGAUGGAAAGUCUUUUUCUGCAGGCUACUGGCUCAAGCAUAUUGUUUGGUGCUGUGGUUAUCUUGGUGGUUAUUUAUUUCUAUUUAUCAGGCUUGAGCUUUAAGGAAGAAGCUAACGAACCUCCAGGACCCAAACCAUUGCCUCUUCUGGGAAACCUGCUGCAGAUUGACUUAAACAGACCACAUGAAUCACUUUCUGAGCUUGCCAAGACAUAUGGACCUGUGUUUAAAGUAUAUUUUGGUACCAAGAAAGUAAUUGUCCUAGCAGGAUACAAAACAGUCAAACAAGCACUUGUUAACUAUGCUGAGGAGUUUGGGGAAAGAGAAAUCAAUAAUACAUUUAAGUUUGCUGAAGGACAUGGAAUCCUGUUUUCUAAUGGUGAGAAUUGGAAAGAGAUGCGACGUUUCGCUUUAACAAACCUCAGAGAUUUUGGAAUGGGCAAGAAAGGCAGUGAAGAGAAAAUCCUUGAGGAAAUCCAAUACCUUAAAGAUGUGUUUGAGAGCUUCAGAGGAAAACCAUUUGACACAACUCAGCCUAUGAACUAUGCUGUCUCCAACAUUAUCUCAUCCAUUGUGUAUGGAAACAGAUUUGAAUACAGUGAUCCUCAAUUCAAAGAAAUGGUCAACAGGGCAAAUGAGAAUGUCAAGAUUGGUGGAUCAGCUUCUAUGCGAAUCUUCAACAUACUCCCCUGGUUAGGUCCUUUCCUGAAAAAUAGAAGAACACUUCGAAUGAAUGCUGAGAAGAACAAGAAACAGGUUUGUGAGCUGGUGAGUGGCCUUCAGGAGACGCUCAAUCCAGAAGAACGCAGAGGAUUUGUCGACUCCUUUCUUCUUCGCAAACAAAAUGAUGAGCAAUCAGGACAGAAAAGCUCUCGUUUCAAUCAGAAGAAUCUUAUCACCACAGUGAUCAAUCUAUUUGUUGCUGGUACUGACACCACUAGCACUACUUUGCGUUGGGGGAUGCUGCUUAUGGCUAAGUACCCUCACAUACAGGAUCGGGUCCAAGAGGAGAUUGACAGGGUGAUUGGGGGUCGUCAGCCCAUGGUAGAGGACAGGAGGAAUCUGCCUUAUACAGAUGCAGUGGUUCAUGAAAUCCAGAGACUGGCCAACAUAAUUCCUAUGAGUCUCCCACACACCACCAGCUGUGAUGUAAACUUCAAUGGGUUUUUUAUCAAGAAGGGAACAACUGUUUACCCUCUGUUGAUGUCUGUAUUGAGGGAUGAGAGUCAGUGGAAGAGUUCACAUACCUUCAACCCAGCAAAUUUCCUUGAUGAACAAGGCCGAUUUGUUAAAAAAGAUGCCUUCAUGCCUUUUUCUGCAGGGCGCAGGGUGUGUCUGGGGGAAAGCCUGGCCAGGAUGGAGCUUUUCCUCUUCUUCAGCUCCCUCCUGCAGCACUUCCGUUUCACUCCUCCACCAGGCGUGUCUGAGGAUCAACUGGACCUCACAGGUGUGGUUGGGAUUACAGUGAACCCAACUCCCCAUGAACUUUGUGCAGUGAAACGGACCUAAUCAAAUAAAUAAAGAAAGGCAAUCUUACCUCAAAGAAGAAGAUAAUAGCCUGUCUUUCAUUUUACUUUAUUUGAUGUUAAAACCACUGGGUUUUGUACUGUUUAAAAUCCUGAAAUGUGUUUAAUAUUACGAUUAAUGACAUUACGUUGACAUAUUUCAUAUGUUAAUUCGACAGCUGAGUACAUGUUUAUAGUUCAAUACCAUAAACCCUAUUUAAAUAUGUUUCACGAACGGGCAAAAAAUGUUAAUCAAUUUGUAUUGUAAUUUUUCUAAUAUUUUAUACACACACACACACACACACACACAAUGGCUAUCAUAUAAAGUAAAUAAUUCUUCUGUAAAUUCUUCAUUUUUAUGUCAUUUUUUUUGUGUUCAUGUAUUUGUAAACAUUAAACUCUAUAUGUAUUCAUUCUA